AUGGCGCUGCAGCUAGACCAGGAGAAGCUCUGCUGCCCUGUUUGUCUGGAUCUACUGAAGGAUCCGGGGACUCUUCCCUGCGGACACAGCUUCUGCAUGAGCUGUAUUGAAAGCCACUGGGAUGGAGAGGAUCCGAAGACAAUCUACAGCUGCCCUCAGUGCAAACAGACCUUCACCCCGAGGCCUGUCCUGGGGAUAAGUACCAUGUUUGCUGAUUUACUGGAAGCGCUGAAGAAGACGGUUCCGGUUGAUUACUUUUAUGCCGCUCCCGGAGAUGUGGCCUGUGAUUUCUGCACUGGAAGAAAGCUGAAAGCCCUGAAGUCCUGUCUGGUGUGUCGGGUCGCUUACUGUGAGCUCCACCUUCAGCCUCACUAUGAAUCUCCUGCCUUUAAAACGCACCAGCUGAUUAAACCCUCCGAAAACCUGCAGGAGAAGUUUUGCUCCCGCCACGACGAGGUGAUGAAGAUUUUCUGCCGCACUGAUCAGCAAACCAUAUGUAUUUUGUGCUCCAUGGAUGACCAUAAGGACCAUGACACGGUCUCAGCUGCCGUAGAAAGGAAAGAGAAGAGGAGCGAAAUUGGGAUGAGUCUGCAGAAAAUCAAGCAAAGGAUCGAUGACAGAGAGAAGGACGUGAAGGCGCUUCAGCAGGAGAUGUUGGAAAUCAAUGCCUCUGCUGAUGAGGCAGUGAAGAACAGCGAGAUGAUUUUACAACAGCUUGUCAGUCUCAUUGAGAAAAAAGGCUCCGCUGUAAAGGAUGAAAUCAGAUCCCAGCAGAAAAUUGAAGUCAGCCGGGUCAAAGAGCUUCAGGAGAAGAUGGAGGAGGAGAUCGCUCAACUGAGGAGGAAGGACGCUGAGCUGGAGCAUCUGUCACACACCGAUGACCACAUCCUCUUUCUACAUAAAUACCCUUUGCUGUCGAAUCUCAGUGAAUCUGACUCACCCAGAUUCAAAAUCCAAUCCCUGAAACACUUUGAAGAUGUGGAAGUAGCUGUGACAGAGGCCCGCGAUAAACUACGAGACAUUCUCAACGAGGAAGGGCUGAAGAUCUCACUAAAAGUCAGCGAGGUAGAUGUCUUACUGCCACAACCAGAGCCCAAGACCAGAGACGAAUUCCUAAAAUACUCCCGUCAAAUCACACUGGAUCCCAACACUGUUAACACGGGGCUGUCGUUAUCUGAAGGGAACAGAAAAGCAACAGUUGUGAGAGAAAAGCAAUCAUAUCUCAGUCACCGAGACAGAUUUUCCGACUGUCUUCAGGUCCUGAGUAGAGAGAGUCUGACUGGACGUUGUUACUGGGAGGUGCAGAGAGGCAGUGGAGGCGUUUCAGUGUCCGUUUCAUACAAGGAUAUCAGCAGAACAGGGAGUGAAAGUGGAUUUGGAGACAAUGACAAGUCGUGGGCAUUAGGAUGCUUCGAUAUAAGUUAUAACUUCAGACAUAACAACAUCAGAACUGUGCUCUCAGGCCCUCAGUCCUCUACGAUAGGAGUUUACCUGGAUCACAAGGCAGGAGAACUGUCCUUCUACAGCGUCUCUGACACGAUGACUCUCCUCCACAGAGUCCAGAAAACAUUCACUCAGCCGCUUCAAGCUGGACUUUGGGUUUAUUGGGUUGGAGACACUGCUGAGUUGUGUGAGCUUAAGUAGACAGGAGCCAUUAGCCGCUUUCUUGUCCCCGGUACUUAGUCCCCCCGAACUCUUUAGUCAGAAAUUGUUAGUGUGACCGACACGAUCCAUUUCCUCCCCAGGAAAGUACCCAUACCUCUCUAGCAGGGACUAUCUGGGGGUGAAAAGGUUUGCGCGAACUAGGGACUAGUUCCAGAUCUUUU